AUGGCUAUGAAUGCUUUAAACAUCAGCGUAACAAACGAUACAACUAUACCUGACGAAAGACUUGCAGUAGUUCUUUCGGUAAUAUUUGUCUUCAUUCCUGGCUGUCUUUUAAACAUUAUCGCCAUCUUCAUCAUCGUGAAGGAUUUUAAAACAUUACAGACACCAACGAAUACAUUACUGUUUCUACUAAUUUUAUUCGAUCUAAUAGCUUUGUUUAACUCCUAUAUGUGGUUAGUUAUUGAUAAAAACUAUUCUAUUCCUGCUCUAACAUGCCAGAUAAAGAAAAUUAUCAAUCCACUUUUUCUAUUCUACACCGGAAUACUAAGUCUGGUCCUUGCCAUUGACAGAUAUAUUGCAUUGAACUUUGCGUUCUUCUAUCGUACAAGAAUAAGCUUUAAGCUUUGGCUCUAUGUUGCUUUUGCUGCUCUUCUUUUUAGCUUGUUUAUUGGAUCGUUACCUCUGAUGGGAUAUGGCUCAAGUUAUGAAGAUUUUUCAAACCAUCGUCUUCAAUCUUGUGGCAGUUUUGAUUACGAAAAGGACCCGUUAAAGAGAGUUUUUGGAAUAACACAGCCAUCCAUUGGGCUGAUUGUAAUUAUUUGUAUUGUCAUCUUCAAUACUCUUACAAUUCGAACAGUGCUACAAAUGAAAAUGCGCAUCCGUGCCCAAGAACUACAAAUGGGUCAAGGACAUCUCCCUUCCCACGAAAUACUAUUUGCUAACCUGGUUACAGUCAUGACUUUAGGGUUCAUCGUGUGCUGGACGCCGUUCAAUAUUAUGAACAUUCUGGAAUCCACUGGCCAACUGCUAUCCCCAUCGUUAAAGGCAUUGAUGCAUUCGAUAACAGGUCUGAGUUUCUGCAUUGACCCAUUGCUGUAUGUAUGGAUACGAAAGUCUGUCAGGAAGAAGGUGGUCGCUGCCUUUCGUAAUUGCAUUAGAUGCAAGCAUUCUUCCGACCCUAAUCUCAGAUAA